UUUACACUGGCACUGGCAGUGCAGAGCCGAAGUAUUGUUGAAAAUACAGUGUGUAAUUGCAUAAACAAAUAUGGCGAGACACUGGCCAAAUUGUUGUACGCUAAUUGUGUAAAUAAAUGUAUUCCAACUGUAAACCUGAAAUUUACUGUAGUGCAGUUAAAUAAUCAUAUAUAUAGUUUAUAUGGAAGCAAGCAAACGGCAAAGAUUAUUUUCAAAUGGCAACCAACUACAAAUGUUAAUACAGAAAUAAAUUCUAUACCAACAAAAUAUAAUUAAGUUAAAAAACAACACAACAAAAGCCUUAACUCAAAAGCCAGAAAUCGCAUUAAUCAUGGCCGUGCAGCUGAAGAAUGCGUAUCAUCAUCUGCCGCUGACCAUAACGCCGAUACUCUGCCAGCCGCUGCUGACGCCGGCGCCGACGCCGCCGAAGCCGGAGCCGCCAGACUUGACGUUUCACUGCAUGUGCUGUGCGGAGUUUUUUGUGCAUCCCUUGGCGCUCUACCAGCACAUGAACAGCAAGCAUCCGAACGACUCGACGCCACAGCAGCAACAGCAGCAGCAGCAACAGCACGAGCAGGAGCAGGCGGCGGAGGAGGACAGCACAGAUUAUAGCUGGAUCUUUGAGCCGGUCUGCGAGCUGGAAGUGGCCGCGGAUGCAGCGCCGUUGCGCAGCGACGAUGACAGCGACUCGAACAGCGACGAGGAGGCGGAGGAGGGCAGCGAAGCGGACAGCGACAAUGAUAGCGACAGCAGCAGCAGCAGCAACAACAGCAGCAGCGGCAGCUCCUCCAGCAGCAGCACCACCAGCAGCAGUGGUGGCCGUGGUGGGGCGAUGGGCGGCACCAACAGCAACUCAAACACGCAGCCGAGCUUGGACAAUGUCGCCUAUGUCGAUGUGGGCUCGACGCAGCCCAUGCGAGGCCUGCUGCCCGGCCUGCAGCCCAAUGAGUACCAGCUGCAGACAGCAGAUCCGCAUGAAUCCACCUCCAUCAUACUGCUGCAGCCAUCGCUGAGCAUAACUCCAGUGCCGGUGGCGCCGUUGCCAGUGAUGCAACAACAGGCGGCGCCGCCACUGCCGCCACAACCGCCGCUGCCCACGCUGAGUCUGGAGCCCGCGCCCAUUAAGCGACGUCGUGGACGGAGAAGCAAGACGAAUGCCAGCAGCGAUGGCCAAGGGGCUGCAGCCGCUGCUGUUGCCCAGCUGGGCGCCAACGGGCAGAAGUGCUUUCAGUGCACCCACUGUGAGGCAUCGUUCCCCAACGCCGGCGAUCUGUCCAAGCACGUCCGCUCUCAUAUCUCGAACAAGCCGUUCCAGUGCUCCAUCUGCCAGAAGACCUUCACGCACAUCGGCAGCCUCAACACGCACAUUCGCAUCCACAGCGGCGAGAAGCCGUACAAGUGCGAGCUCUGCCCCAAGGCAUUCACGCAGUCGAGCAGCCUGAUGGUGCACAUGCGCUCGCAUGCGGUGCGCAAGCCGCAUCAGUGUGUGCAGUGCGACAAGGGCUUCAUCAACUACAGCUCGCUGUUGCUGCACCAGAAGUCGCACUCGGCGCCGGUGGAGAGCUUCGUGUGUCCGGAGUGCGAGCGGGAGUUUAAGGCCGAGGCGCUGCUGGAUGAGCACAUGCGGAUGCACACCCAGGAGCUGGUCUAUCAGUGCGCCAUUUGCCGGCAAGCAUUCCGCGCCAGCUCGGAGCUGGUGCAGCACAUGAAGUGCCAUAUGGGCGAGAAGCCGUUCACCUGCUCCUUGUGCGAUCGCUCGUUCACACAGUCGGGCAGCCUCAACAUCCACAUGCGCAUCCACACGGGCGAGAAGCCCUUUCAGUGCAAGCUGUGCGACAAGUGCUUCACCCAGGCCUCCAGCCUGAGCGUGCACAUGAAGAUCCAUGCCGGCGAGAAGCCCUUCCCUUGCCACAUCUGCGGCAAGGCCUACAGUCAGCAGGCCUAUCUCAACAAGCACGUCCAGGCGCAUGCCAUGGAUGCGACGCCUGCGCGCCAGACGAUGCCAGCGAUGUCAGCGAUGCCGCCGGCGCCAGCGAAGGAGACGCUUGUCUGCAUCGUAUGCGGGGCGCUGCAUGCGGAUGCCACGGCCCUGGCACAGCAUGUGACGCGAGAGCACACGGCGCUGCUGGACAACAUGAAACAGGCCACAAUACCCCAGGCGCCGAUGGCAACGGGCAAAUGCAGCGCCGUGGAGCGACAGGCGCAGCAGCAGGCGUACAUGGUGCGUGUGCAGUCGAUGCUGCAGCAGAUGAACCAGCAGCARCAGCAGCAACCGGCCAUGGACUCGGCUGGCGAGGAUGAGGAGGAGCUGGACGACGAAGACGAGCUGGACGAGGAUGAGGCUGUCGAGCAGAACGAGACGCAGCAAAUGGCCAGCAUCGACGACGAUGACGAGGAUGAGGAAGAAGACGACGACGAUGACAUCGAUGAUGGUGAUGAUGAAGAUGAAGAUGAUGAUGAAGAUGCAGUCGACGAUGACGACGACGAUGAUGAUGAUGGAAAUGAGCAGCAGCUGAUAACGGAUGCAGAUAUGUACUACGAUAUGCCCGGUGAUUUUGCCGACAUGGAAGUGGGCUGCGAGGAGGAGGUGUGCGGCGAUUUUAUUGAGAAUGACGACUAUGCUGCCGAAGAGGAGGUCUACACCGAGGAUCUAUAAUAGCCGUUAAACUAUAUAUCAGAGUUAGUUAUGAGGUUACGCAUCAGUUCAGAUCACUAUGAUUACUAUUAUUGCAAACUGCAUGCAAAUCCUUGUUGUCACUGAAGCUAAGCGAACGCGAACAAACUUUACAUUUUACUAGUUUAAGUCCUGUUUCCUGACCAUAGUUAUGAUUAUUAUUGCUUAUGGUAGUAUUUAAAUCAUUAUCACUCUCUCUCAUACAACCACACUAGGAU